ACUCUCAAAAUUCAUCAUCAACGACAAUAACCUAAAAAUACAUUAAAAAAUGGGGAUUAAUUAAUUACUUGGCAAGUAUCAAGAAACCCCAAUUUUGGCAUUUUAUUAUGGCCAUUAUUUAAAAACAAACUUCAGUUAGUAGGAAAGAAACUCUCGAUGAUCAAACAUUUGUCAUGUUUUUCAACCAUUGUUAAUUAGAAAAAAUGAGAUCUAAUUUACAGGAAAUCUGGACCGUCCAUCAUCCAAUUAGCCAUUGCCUAUUUAUACAUGUCACUUUUACCCAAUUUAAAAUUUAAUUAUUGCAUAAAGAAAAUUUGAAAAUAAGAAAAAAUGCAGGCCAUCAAAGACAAGUUGAAUGAUUUGAGUGCAAUGAGAAAAGCCAAGGCUGAAGCAAGAGAGGAGGAAAAGGCGGAGAAAGAAUUGGCGAAAGCGAGAGUUGAAGUGGCUCACGAGGUACGAAUGGCGAAGGAAGCGGAAGCUGCAAUGGAUCUUCAUGUCCACAAAGCCGUAGAAAAGGCGGCGGAGCACGAGCGGAAGCAACACCAUGGCGGCGGCAGUGGCGGCAGCGGGAACAACAACCGUCGGGAUAUAUACGACAGUGGUUCGGAGAAUGGCAGCGCUCUGGACCCUUACGCCCAAUGGCGGAACUAGGGGUAGGGAGGGAGGGGGGCCUCAGCCCCCCCCAUAUUUUUUGUU